AUGGAAAGGAAGACUGGAAUGGUACUGGAUGAACAUGUCCUGAAAGCUACUGAUCGCAAGAGGAAACAUGAGUCGUCUGUGAAGAGUACUGGCACAGAUGAUUUUGCUGAGGUCUCUCAGCAUGCUGAUGGUUCUGCUGUCCUUAAGAAGUCUAAAAUGACCUCCUCUGCUGGUGAUAUUCUGGAGUGCUAUAAGAACUUCAAGACAAGCGGUUCGCCCGUGCGCGUGCUUUGUUACCACCAGGGUAAAUGGAGGGACUUUCCAGAGCAUGUUGUGAAUCUGGUACAGCAGGACUUCCAGUUGAAGAGGCCAAUUACUAAUGCUGUAUUGAAGAACCAGCAAGUCCUGUUGGACUUUAUGCACAUGGUCUGCAUUGAUUCUUCGAUGACCACAAACAAGCCAAUAGCAUGGAUUGAUGUUCAUGGUAACCGCUUCUUUCCAGAGUUAUGUGCUGGACUGGUAACAUCUAAACCAUCUCAGCAUGGGAAAAGUGACCCCAGUGGUAAAUCUAAAGCUGGUGAGUGUGCUGGGACUUUGAUUUUGACAGCUGAAGCUGAAAGCUCGAGUUCAGAUUCUGUUGAUGCAGUACUCCCUCAUGCUAAGAAGGUUAAUAACAUACUGGAGGAAGGACAGGAGGUACAUAAUUAUGCUGCUGUUGAAAAUAAAGCUGGUCCUGCAAUCUGUUUGAAUGAACCUGCUAGUGGAAACAUACAUGCUGCUACUUAUAAGCAGAAAAUUGGCCAACCUGUUGAUUCAGCUGUGCGCAAGUUAUUGCUUGAAGGGGCAGGCCAACCUUUUAGUGAAGAAAAUAUUAUUGGCAUCUACAGAACUCCACUGGUAGAUCAGCAAGGGCGGGCUCGCUUCAAUCUUUUCCAGAAGGAACUUGAGGCCACCAAAAUGCAUCGUGGCAACGCAAAUGUGCGCUACGCGUGGCUACCUUGUUCCAAGGAUACUAUGGAGGAGAUGAUGAUGCGUGGUGUUCUGGAAGUUACAAAACCCAUGCUGGGGCCAGUGUAUGGCAUUGGUACACAUCUUGCUCCAGCGAACUGUGCCCAAACCUGCGCUAGCUACUCAGAUAUUGACGAAAAUGGCAUCAUGAGGAUGAUGCUGUGCCGUGUUAUAAUGGGUAAUGUUGAGGUUGUACUUCCUGGAUCAAAGCAAUUCCAGCCAACCAAUGAAAGAUUUGAUAGUGGUGUGGAUGAUCUUCAAAAGCCAAAGCACUAUAUCAUAUGGGAUGCUAAUGUGCAUCGACACAUCUAUGCUGAAUAUGCUGUUGUUAUCAAAGCACCUUCCAUGACCAAUGAAUACUUGGCUAGAGAAGAUACUGCAUCCAACAUAUCUGAGAUAAGAAAUUCUGGUUCAGCAGAAAGUGUAAUCAAGGACGAUAGUUCCGAAACCAUGGCAUCUCCAGCUGAUAAACAACAAGCACCCAGGUUUGGGCGUGCCCCAACUCGAAGGCCUCCUACUUCACCCUGGAUGCCCCUCCCAAUGCUUUUCGCUGCCAUCUCCACAAAAGUUCCUCGUUCUGACAUGGAUGUAAUCCAUGGACACUAUGAAGAAUUCAAGAGGAGAAAGAUAAGCAGGCCCGAGUUUGUGAGACGGCUAAGACAGAUCUUCGGCGACAAGCUGCUGGUUUCUACAGUAAUGAGGCUGCAACCUAAGGUAGUGGCACCCAUGGCAGGUGCUGAAGUGCUACCAAGAGGAGCACCCGGCACGGGAGGGAGCAGCACCUCCUGA